AUGGCCGUUGCACGCUCCAUGCGCCGCACGAGCCCAAUUAGCCUGGUGCUAGCAGCGCUGCUGGCAUUUGGCUUCAUAUGUUUCAUGCUCUCCCCCUCGACUCCCUCCGCAUCCUCCGCAUCCGCUAGCUCCCAACAGCGCCAGGAAAACGCCGCCGAACAUCCUCUCUCCCCACCCACGAAACCCUUCUUCAAAUCACAGGCAGUCCGGAGCGAUGGCUACAAGGCAGCUCCCCCGGUUGUCCACUAUGACCUCAACAGCCUAACCAACACUGCGGACUCAGUCGCCAACGGCGAGCGGGUCCUCAUCCUCACCCCGCUAGCCCGCUUCUACCAAGCAUACUGGGAUAAUAUCGAGAAGCUGAGCUAUCCGCACGAGCUGAUCUCCCUGGGAUUCAUCGCACCAAAGACCAGCGAGGGAAACGCCGCAGUCGCGGCUCUGGAAAAGGCCAUUGCCAAGACGCAAUCGGGGCCAAUCGAUAACCGCUUCGCGAGUAUCAGUAUCCUCCGCCAAGACUUCGAACCGCCAUUGAAAUCCCAGGACGAGAAGGCCCGCCAUGCAAUGGCCGCGCAGAAAGAGCGCCGCGAGUCAAUGAGUCGUGCGAGAAACAGUUUGGUCUUCACAACCCUCGGCCCCGGGACUUCGUGGGUCCUCUGGCUGGACAGUGACGUUGUCGAGACACCGGCUACUCUCAUUCAGGAUCUAACGGCCUUCGAUCAGCCAGUCAUCGUGCCGAACUGCUUCCAGCGCUACUACGAUUCCUCGAAGAAGAAGUGGGAUGUAAGGCCUUACGACUUCAACUCUUGGGUUGAUAGCCAGACCGCGCAGAACCUCGCUGCGAACAUGGGGCCUGAUGAGAUUCUCUUGGAAGGCUACGCUGAGAUGCCUACGUAUCGCACCCUCAUGGCGCACUUGCCGGAUAUGAAAAAGCUGGAUCCGAAGAAGAUGCUUGCUCUUGACGGUGUUGGUGGUACGGCCUUGUUGGUCAAGGCGGAUGUGCAUCGUGACGGUGCCAUGUUCCCUGCCUUCCCGUUCUUCCAUUUGGUGGAGACAGAGGGCUUCGCGAAGAUGGCUCGGAGGCUGGGAUAUGAGGUCAUUGGACUCCCAGAUUACUUCGUCUACCAUUAUAACGAGUAA